AUGUCUCUACCACAAGCCAAGAUCGUCCCCAGGAGAUCAGCCGAACGCGGUGCAGCUGACCAUGGCUGGCUCGACACAAAGCACACAUUCUCUUUCGCUAGCUACUACAACCCAAAGCACGAACAAUUCGGAGCUCUUCGAGUACUUAAUGAAGACCGCGUCGCCCCCGGUACUGGCUUCCCAACACAUCCUCACCGCGAUGCGGAAAUAUUCUCAUACAUCCUCUCCGGAGAGCUCACUCAUCGAGACUCAAUGCAAAAGCAGGGCAAGGAGUCAAACGACAGCAAGACAUUCUAUCGCAUGCAUAGAGGCGACGUACAGUUCACUACUGGCGGCAAAGGCAUAGCACACAGCGAGCAGAAUGAACACAACAAGGACUGGGUGCACUUCCUGCAAAUCUGGGCCAUGCCAUGGAAGAAGGGCUUGCCACCCAAUUAUCACACAACAACCUUCGGCGAGGAGCAAAAGCGCAAGGCUUUCGUGCCUAUCAUCACGCCGCUCAAGGCUGGUCCAAAGGCCAGUCUCGAAGACGAGAAGGCUGCGAUCCCAGUCAAGGACGGCACUAUUCCUGUCCACGCAGAUCUUGUCUUCUCGGCCGGUAUCAUACCUGCUGGCAGCACCUUCGAAUACAAGAUCGGAGGUGAUGACUACGUUUCGAGCAAACUCGACAGAAAGACGUACGUUCAUUUCCCAGCAACGAAGGGUGGCAAGGCCAAGAUAAGGCUGGCUGGAGAAACAGUGCUCAGUGAAGGAGAUGGAGCGUAUGUCACAAAGGUCAACAGUGGCGAUGUCUUGACUGUUGAGAGUAUUGGCGAGGCAGAGGCAGAGGUCGUCGUCAUUGAUUCGAACUGA